CAGUACAGGCAAACAAUGACAAAAUGGCUGCCGCAAGAAGUUUGGACAACGCUAACUCUAAUGAAGAAGAUGAGUCUGCUGUCUUGCUGGUCCAUACUGAGUAUGGCAAAGACAAAGUUGGAAGCUCAUUCUUACACCGACAGGUGGUAGAAACAAUCAGGGAGCGUGAACCAGACACACCUGUGUUCAGUACUGUCUUACAAGCAACUGAAAAGGACAAACAAGAUGCACAGGAAGAUGGAGUGGAGCUGAUACUGCCUAAACUUCAGCCAGGUGACACAAGGACUGAUCCAACAUUAGACUGGCUGACAUUUGAUCAUCGUUCCAAAUACCCACAUCUUCCUACAAAGGUAAGGAGCAUUGUGGGACAUGCUGAUGUCACUAGUAGGGCUGCACUAAACAUAAAAGAUGGCCGUUGCCCAGAAGCAAAAGUCGUUCUUAUUUAUAAUGACACAUCAAAAGAUAUUCAGGGGAAUGAGAAGGUUGCUUCUGUAAAUAACUCUGCCCUUCAAAACGCACAAGAAGCUGAUGUGGUCUUCUCUGUUGGAAACAAGGUAUUUGAUCACUUUGAGAACCAGUUCAGAGCUACUGACAAGAAGCCAAAGCAUUUUGAGUUUCUACCAAGACCAUCCAAGAGGUUUGAGCACACAAAAGCAAGCUACAAAGACACAAAGACAAUGACAGUUCUGUCUAUUGGUAGAGUGAAGAGUGUUGACAAUCUGAAGGGACAUCAUCUUGUUGUUAAAGCCUUGGACAUUGCAGCUGUAAAACAAAAUAUGGAGUGUGGUAUUAGAGGCAUCAAUGAAGAAGACUUCCAAGCAAGUGAUAAGGACAUUCUUCAGACACACUUCAAGACAACACAUUUGAAGCCAACCCUUCUUCCCUAUGGAACACUGACAGACCUUCACAAUGACAUGUUGAAGGCCCACCUUGUGUUGAUACCUUCCGAAGAAGAACCACUUGAACUUGCAGGACUGGAUGCAAUAGCUGCAGGAAUUCCUGUCCUUGUUUCUGACAAAUCAGGACUUGCAGACUUCAUGAUGAAGAUAUCACCAGAGUUUCGUUAUUCUAUUGUCACACCUCAGGGAAAUGAGGAGGACAAUGUUAAGCUCUGGGCCAGUCAUAUUGAACAGUCACUAAGCAUUUGUGAGACUGAGUUUGAAAGAGCAGCAAGAUGUCGGGACAAGCUUCUGUCUGCAAAGACGUACUGGGAAGACUCUCAUCAGCAGCUCAUCUGCAGCUGUAUACAGACAGGUGACAGUGUACAACAACCAUUUGAAGUCCAGACAGGAAGUGCACCUCCUAAUAUGGAAGAAUCAAUUGAUAGGAAGAAACCAUUGCAAUCAGGUGGGUCAUCUAGAGAGGCAGAUGAGGACACUGUGACUGAGAGGACAGACCAGUCUGGGACUGAAGAAAUGGGGUCAACAGAAACACCUGCACAAGGAGCUUCAACAAUUUUGUAUCAAGCUUCACCUCAACUUGUUGAAGGGCCUCCCCUGCUUCCUGUUGUAGUGGACAUCAUUGCACAAGUGAAACCAAACAUGUCUGGGUUGGGUGACCUCUGGUUCAUGUACAGAAAUGGAGAACUGGACAAUCUGCUGCACAGUAGUUUGGUAAAUGAGGAAACUCUACAGCAACUCCAUGCUGAGAGCAUCUCUGUGAAGUCAACCAUCAACAUAGAGGACUUCAAGAAGGCCCUGGUCUACAUCCUAACAACAUCUUCUGCUAAAGGCAAGACUACCCCAAGACUACCCCAGGAGUACCCCCUCUAUGAGCCAAGGACCCACACCACUUCCAGAGUGCUGGAUGUGCUUCAUCUGGAGGGCACAAACCUGACAAGGUGUCCAUGGAAACAACAGGAGCUGCACAUAUCAUCCACUGCACAGGCAGGGGACAGUAAGGAUCAUCUUGGGACCAAACCUGGUGAUAAGCCAGUAGCAGGUACGUUAUAA